GGUUGAGGAGUUGGCGCUGCCAAAUUGGAAGCGUAUACAAAACUAAGACUGGUGAGAUGACUGACUAUUCCUCCGGUGGCCAUCUUGCGAUACACUAGAGCUUUUGACAAGCAAAGCUAAAUAUACAAGUAUUGAGGUAAACUUGACUGUGUGUGUAUUUAGCAGUUUAUAUUUGUAUUUUUGUUUUUUAAUUCGUAAAAUUAUAGUUGGCCUUUAAAAAUAAUAGCUUUGGUAUUAAUUCCUAAAUGGCUGUGGCAAUUUCUCAAUCGGUGCCCCAUGCACUACAUCCAUAAGUGUAUGAUAAGCCCUUUAAAGUGCUGGUUAGUGGUAUUAGUUUCUAUAUUGGUGACAAGUUAUUGCUGAUGUGUUAUCUUUUACUGGAAGUGUAAGUAUAUAUCAGGGAUAUCUCUGUUUUUAUUGUUUAUGAAGUUUGAUCUCUGACACACUUAUAAAUUGGGAUCCUUGUGCAACUAUUCUCAACUUUCUAACGAUUAAGAAAUCCUAGCAUCCUCAUAUCAAGCCAGAGACACACAGAGCCAGACAUGUCACUGCAAUCGUUUUCCACCUUUACAAAUGGAGAUAUUAUUGAAAUCUUGCAACCUGGACAUCGCCACUGGGCUGUGUAUGUAGGUGAUGGACAUAUUGUACAUUUAACAGGCAGGAUUGUUGGUGACGGUGAUGAUGCUGUUCAUGGAGAGUCCAAUGUUGUUGGGAAAACUACACUGGAGACUGAGGCAAAGGGAUGCGAGUAUAAAGUGAGCAACAUUUAUCAUGACCUGACCCCUGUGCCCAAUGAUGAAGUGGUAAAAACAGCUCUGCAGAUGGUGGGUGAGAAUAAACCUUGUGGGUCCAGCUGCCGAGAUUUUGCUUUUGAACUGAAAUAUGGACGUGGAAAUCUGGAUAUUAUAAUUAGAAACAUGGCAUCCAUUCCUGGAGAACUGACAUCAGCUGCAGCAAAAGGAGUCCAAAUUGCGGGCUCGGAUGCAAACUCAAAUUCUGAAAUUGUUGCUUCAGUCGCAGCUAAGGGAGUCAAUUUAGCAGGUCAAGGAGUGACAGCGGUGUCUGGAGUGCUGGGAGCAGCAGCUGGGAAGAGUCUAGCUGCUUUGGGAAGCAUGCUGUCUGCAGGAACACAAACAUUGGCUCCAAUAGUAGCUGCUAAAGUAGAUGCUACCGGUUAUGGUACAAUGUUGUUGACUGCAGCAGAGUGUAUAUCACCAUUGGCAGAGUCCUUCGCUGCUCGAUCUGUAGAGGCAGAGGAAGCCACAGCUAAUAGUGUUAAACAGCUGGGAUCCUAUAUUUCGUCAAGUUCACCAGCGGCAGGGUCGGCUGUAGCCACAGGCUUGUCUUGGUUAGGUUCAGUUUCUGCUGCAGGAGCAUCCAGUCUUGUCAGCUAUCUUACAUCAGGAACAGAGCAAGCCAGUGUUGAGAAACUGAUAACUACUGAGCAACCUGAGAAUCCUGACUCUGACGUACAGAAAUAAAUGCAAGAAUGUAUUUCACUAUUUUGUCUGUGCUUUAUCACCAAUACUUAUCAUAUUGAUCUAUAUGUGUAUAUUAAAUAUUUCUAAAACCUUGAAA